AUGGUAGCAAGUUCUUCGAGCAAGCAGGCAGCCGCCGCUUCGUCGUCUUCCAGCAGCGCCAAGAAGACGUCCGCUAAAGCGGGCCUUGUCGGCACGCCGAGCAAGGCUGCCGUGGAGCAGGAUGACGACGAAGUGGUUCUGAAGCACAGCAAGCCUUUUGGCAUGGAGGGGUCUGACGACGACGAAGACGUCGAUAUCGCUGACGAGGCGUUCCAGUCUGCCGGAUCCAACACUGCGACUAUGGAAGACGACGAUGACGAUUUGAUGAUCGGCGCUUCUUCUACUGCCGCUCCUCCCACCGCUCCCACCACUGCCGCUUCGGACCCCGCCAAACCCAAAUUUCAGCCGCUCUCCGCAUCAGCCUCCUCGUCGCUCACCGCGGUAGCCAAGGGUCAAUUGCGCAAAAUCCCAAUCCCUCCGCACCGCCUCACGCCGCUCAAGAAUGACUGGCAUAAGAUCUACACGCCGCUCGUCGAGAUGGCUUCGCUGCAAGUGCGAAUGAACGUCGCCAAGAAGUGCGUCGAGCUCAAGUCAUCGCGGUACACGUCGGAGCAGGGGAUGCUGCAAAAGGGCGCCGACUUUGUCAAAGCUUUCGCCCUCGGUUUCGAGGCCGACGACGCCAUCGCACUUCUGCGUAUGGACGACCUGUUCAUCGACACAUUCGAGAUCAAGGACGUCAAGACGCUCCAGGGCGACAACUUGAGUCGUGCCAUCGGCCGCAUUGCGGGCAAGGACGGCAGGACGAGGUUCGCGAUCGAGAACGCGAGCAGAACCAGGCUCGUGAUCGCCGACACCAAGAUCCACAUCCUCGGCAACUUUGCCAACAUCAAGAUCGCGAGAGACGCCGUCGUCGCACUCAUCAGAGGUAGCCCUCCUGGAAAAGUCUACGCGAACUUGAAGAGUAUCGGCGCCAGACAGCGUCAGCGCGCUUAG